AUGGCUCGGUGCCAUGCCGCUGCUGUAAUAGGAGCAGAAGAGAGGAGGACAGCAGAGGAGAGAAGGGCAGCAGAAGAGAGGAGGAAAGCAGAAGAGAGAAGGGCAGCAGAAGAGAGGAGGACAGCAGAGGAGAGAAGGGCAGCAGAAGAGAGGAGAAAAGCAGAAGAGAGAAGGGCAGCAGAAGAGAGGAGGACAGCAGAGGAGAGAAGGGCAGCAGAAGAGAGGAGGAAAGCAGACGAGAGAAGGGCAGCAGAAGAGAGGAGGACAGCAGACGAGAGAAGGGCAGCAGAAGAGAGGAGGAAAGCAGAAGAGAGAAGGGCAGCAGAAGAGAGGAUGACAGCAGAGGAGAGAAGGGCAGCAGAAGAGAGGAGGAAAGCAGAAGAGAGAAGGGCAGCAGAAGAGAGGAUGACAGCAGAAGAGAGAAGGGCAGCAGAAGAGAGGAGGAAAGCAGAAGAGAGGAGCGCAGCAGAAGAGAGGAGCGCAGCAGAAGUGAGGAGCGCAGCAGAAGAGAGGAGUGCAGCAAAACAUGAGAGGAUUAAAGAUGUUUAUUCAAUUUAA